CCAUGGAGGAGAGAACAGGACCAAACCAGGACCCAGGAAAUGCCCCUGUUAAAGGCAGUGUGGAGAUGAAGGGGGUGCAGAGGGUGGAGUUGGGGACCCUGCUGCAGGUCACCCAGGCCUUGGAGGCGGUGGUGGGCCCGUGCUUCGGUCCGUCCGGGGGCCAGGUCCUCUUCACCCGCGACUCUGGAGAGGUCCUCCUCACCAGGGAUGGCCGGAGGAUCCUUACCUCCCUUCGGCUUGACCAUCCCGUUGCCAGACGCUCGUUUUGGAUGGCGUGAUCGGGCAGGGCCUCGCCCCUCGCGCCCUGUCCCUUCUCCAGGACCCCGCCCACCUGCGCCCGCUCACGGACGCCUACUUCCGGGGAAAGAC